UUUUUUGGUUAAAAAAAAAAUCCCGAAUAGUGUUGGAGGAUUUCCAGAAGACUGCUGCAUCGCGACGACGAUAUGGUCGUUUGUGGCUCGCCCUCGCGCCCCCUUUGCAUCUCACCGCUCCUUCGUCUCCAUGGUCGGAACCGGAGAAGCCCUAGAUUCCGAGUUCCAUAUUCCUCACUUCCUCCCCCGAUUGCGGCGCCCAAGUCCGAUUACAAGCCAGGACUUCUUGACGAUAUGCUUCUCAUCUUCUUUAGGAAGAAAAUGGUGGAGGAGGUUGGAUGGGAUUCCAAGAAGCCUGGAUAUGAUGGACUAAUUGAAGUUGCAAAUCAUCUUAUGUUGAAGAGUAAAAGCAUUUCAGAGACUGAACAAUCUGCGGUUCGGGUUCUUCAAUCUUUAUUUCCUCCACUCUUGCUUGUUCUUUUUAAGAUGCUUAUUGCACCAGUUAAUGAAGGGAAAGUAGCAUCUAUGAUGCUUGCACGAGCAACUGCAAUCUUAUGCCAAUGGCUGAUGGGCCCAUGUUCAGUUAAUUCUAUUGAUCUGGCUGAUGGGUCAUCCUGCUCCAGUGGGGUCUUUGUUGAGAGAUGCAAGUAUCUGGAGGAAAGUAAAUGUCUGGGAGUAUGUGUCAAUACAUGCAAGUUACCGACACAGAGAUUUUUCAAAGAUUACAUGGGUGUUCCUCUAUACAUGGAGCCAAAUUUUAUUGACUAUAGCUGUCAGUUCAACUUUGGGCUUCUUCCUCCAACGGCAGCCAGUGACAAAGGCCUCACAGAACCUUGCUUGUCAAUAUGCCCUAGUGCUAGCCGCCGCAAAGAUCUUGGUACCAACAAGUUUAAACAAUGUCCUACAGUUUAAAUGCUCAGAUGUAUAUUUUACCUUCUCUUUUCCCCCCCUCCAAAUGUAACUUUCAUGUUCCAGGAAUGCAUCCAUGGUUUUUGAAAGCGCUUGAACUA